AUGGACACGGCAGAUGUUACUACUGUAUGGACACGGCAGAUAUUACUACUGUAUGGACACGGCUACUGUAUGACACGGCAGAUAUUACUACUGUAUGAACACGGCAGAUGUUACUACUGUAUGAACACGGCUGUGGCAGAUAUUACUACUGUAUGGACACGGCAGAUGUUACUACUGUAUGGACACGGCUACUGUAUGAACACGGCAGAUUACUACUGUAUGAACACGGCAGAUGUUAUUACUGUAUGA